AUGGGUGUUUGGGUCCAGGCGGGCAGCACGGCGUUGAUAUGCUGCGUCUGCGUAAACAUGGCUGCGAUGUUCAUGUGGCCAUCCUCUACGCUGACACUCUUCCAGUCCGGCUACACACCGCUGCAUCGCCCCUUGACGGAGGCCGAGGCGAACAUGCUAGGCAGCCUGUCCUCUCUGGGCGCUCUCAUCAGCACGCCCUUUACUGGUAUGAUGCUUGACCGACUCGGUAGGAAGAACAUAUCCUUGCUCAUAGGAGUUAUAGGUGUGAUAUCGUGGUCAAUGAUUUCCUUGUCCAACCGGGUAGAAGUGGUUCUGUCUGCCAUUUUCUUGAGCGGCCUCAGCGGCUCCGUGUUCCUAGUAGUUCCAGUCUACAUCUCUGAGAUAUGUCAGACCUCGAUUCGAGGGACGAUGACCUCUUGCUCCAUGGUGUUCUACGGCGUGGGCAUGUUGGUCUCGUACCUGAUGGGCGGCUACAUGAACUACUACCCCAUGGUGUACACGUGUCUGACCAUGGCAGUAGCUAGUACACUCUUCAUUACCGUCCUGAAGGAAACUCCGGUUUGUCUGAUGGCUAAGGGAUUAAACGAGGAAGCAGCCAAGUCGUUGGCGUUUUAUAGAGGAUUAAAACCAGAGUCUAAAGAAGUGUUGGAAGAGUUGAGCAUCAUUCAGAGAUCACUGUCUCCUGACUUGGACUGUGCAGAAGUGACUCCUGAGGAACAAAAACUGAAUCCGGCCGACAGAAAACAUCAAAAAUUAUCUGUGAUACAGUUCUUGAAUAAAUCAAGAUCUACGCGCAAAGCUCUGUUCGUCUGCGUCACGAUAUUGACACUGUCAAUAUUCCAAGGAUCGGUGGUAGUACAAGUGUACGCGGGGCCCUUAUUCUCUGCGGCGAUCCCGUCCGUGUCGUCCACUCUGUGCAGCGUGGUGGUCGCCGUGGUCACAGUCCUCACCGGGCUGGUCUCCGCCUACUUGACUGAGGUCGCCGGAAGACGACCGCUGAUGAUCCACUCGUCCACACUGAGCGGGUUGUGCUGUAUCCUCCUCGGCACCCAAAUACAGCUGGGCUGGGCUCCGAGCUGGGUGACUGCCCUCUUCAUCUUUGUCUUCACCGCGACGUACAGCCUCGGCUCCGGCAUGGUGCCGUACGUGCUGUUUGCUGAAGUAUUCUUGCCAGAGGUGAAGAGCUUCAUGUCGAUGCUGACGGUGGAAUGGGCCUGGUUCUGCAACUACGUGAUCCUGUUGAUCUUCAACCCGCUGCUCAAGGUCGUCGGUCUGGGUCCGAUUUUUUACAUAUUCGCGGUCAUCUGCUUCGUGACCAGCGUAUUCUGUAUGCUGGAGCAGCCAGAAACCAAGGGCCUCCAUUGCGAAGACAUUCAACACUUAUUCGAUAAGAAGAGCAGUAAGGCGCGUCGGAUCGAGGGCUCUGCGUGA